CACAUGAACAAUGUCUUAUCAAGGGUUUAUCAGCCGUCUUUCUAAAGAAGAACAGGACAUCUCUGAAAGUAAAAACGCAGCUGCUGAGUUUUACCGGGUUAACAGAGUCCCCGAGGAGAUAGAGAGAGCUCUGAACGAGCUCUUUCUACACAAACCCGGAGACGUUCAUGGUUACCUGAGCAUAUCUUCAGCUGCUGUCUCCAGCCACUUUGGGCCUAAGGAGACUUCCCUGGACUGGAAAGCUAAGAGUCAGGAGAGGGCUGAUCAUGUGGUGAUCGCUGUCCAGUGGAUCAAUGAACCUCAGAACAUCAUGUUGAAGGGCCAAAACCCCUAUGACCAAUCAGAAGUUGACCAUGCACUCUGCAAUUUCUUCAAGGCCCGCUACCUGGAGGAGAGAGACAUUCGCAACAAGGAGAAGGGGGAGAGUCAUUCACCCAGCGCGUCUGAGGUGGUGUACCCUUCUGCACAGCCUGCACAGACUAAAGACAAAAAGAGUGUUAAUAAAGCUAAAAAGAGCAACACUGAAGAGAAGCCAUUUCCUCCAGCUGAGCCACCGGAUCCAGUUCUGCCUGGGAGCUUGGCCAUUGGUUCAGUGUCUCUGGCUGUUGCCAGAACCUCCGCACAAUUACAGGGCAUCCCUCUCUACAAAUACAUAGCAGCUCUAAAAAACCGAGAGAUCAUUACAAUGGCCCUUGAGUUACAGAAGGAGAUGAUGAGAAUAAUGAACACUUCAACAAAAGCUGGGGCCACUCAGGCGUUUCUGCAUGACAGUGGAGCGCCAGCUGUGAGCUAUGAGAGACCUGAGCAGCCUCUGGAUUUGAUCACUGAAGCCUGCUCUAACCUUGGACUGGCACUGGGAACAGAGAUCCCUUUAGCAGUAAACUGUGCCGCCCGUGAGCUAAUGGUCUUUUCUAAAGGAAAGUAUGAAGUUGCAACUGGAGUUUUGAAGUCUCCAGAUGAAUUAGUGGACAUGUACCAAACCCUCAUCAGCAAGUAUCCAGUAGUGCUGGCCUUAAUCAAUCCAUUUAGGAGAGAGGACAUAGACCAGUGGGAGAAGUUGAGCAAUGGGAUUGGAGACUCGUGUUCGCUGCUAUUUGAAAUCAAUUACAAGUCAAAGGCCCCGCCCCUUCUGGGAGUCCGAGGUCACAUCUUGAAACACAUUCACGAGACAACAGUCAGUGAUUUGGUCCGCAUCACAUCAGAGCAACAAGGUUCGGGGUUAAUGGGUACAGCAUGCAGUGAGCCCUGCAAUAAUGACUUUUUGUCAGAUAUAGCUGUUGGUUUGGGGCUGGACUAUGUCAAACUGGGAGGUCUGAGCGGUGCUGAGAGGAUGACUAAAUACAACCGGCUGAUUUCUAUAGAGGAGGAACUGGCCCAACAAGGAAUCCUAGUCUCCAAGGAGAAGCACUCCCUUCCACUGUUCUCCGAAAAACUACAAAAGCAACCCACUACUGCAGAGAGAACGCUGUCAGACAAGGCCUGAAGGAAUACAGCCUACAGCUUCUGUUUCUAUCAAGAAAAUAUGACUGGUUUUAUACAAGUCUUCAAAACUGUGUAUGAGUGUGUGGGUAUUCAAUAUUCGUUGUGUUAUCUACUGUGCCUUAUGUUAUAUGCAGCUACAUGUAAGCCAAGAAGAGAUCACACUUCACUGAUAAACAGGAAACGCAGAAACACAUGACAUGACCCCAACGGUCAUGACCCCAACGGACGAUAUGAAACAGGAACAAGCAACAAACCACAAGGCGGGCUUUACAUUACGCCACAUUGGGCUGACUGAAACAUACAGCAUAUAAAGACACACACAUAGAGCUCAAGUUAGAUCUCUUCCUGGUAUGGCUGCUUGUGCUGACCUGAUUGAUCUCCGCUCUCUGCAGACAGCGAAUAAAUACUCAUACUUGAUUCAAUUGAGUUUCCGUACUUUGUUUCC